AUGGGUCAAUCGUAUUCACUAGUAACUGUAGCUACGUCUGUGCUACUUCUUGGUCUCCAUGUCUCUCCAUCUCUUGCUGCUGUAUCAACAUCUGUAGAUCAACAAUAUCGUGUUAAUCUCCGUGUCACCUUCCGUGCCUUUUGUCCUGCAUGUCAAUGGUACAUUGAAGAUCCGCUAUUGAAGCUCAUAGGCACUCAAGAAUACCGCGACAUUAUUGACUUGACCCUUCUUCCAACUGCAGGAAUGACAGAAGAACCAGACGGGACAAUUACAUGUGAAGCGGGAUCAUUAGAGUGCACGGGCCAUCGCUGGCAAGUCUGUGUGCUCCAUAAGAACCGCGACGACAUUGUCAAGUAUCUCGGAACUAUUGUGUGUAUUGAAGGAGACGAGUCUGGUCAGAUUGGUGACUGGGCGACGAAGAUGAACAAUUGUGUUGCGGAAGAAGAACGUGUUGCGACUAAAGAAUGUUUUGAUCAUAAGAGCAAGGAUCUGCUUCUCAAUAUGAUUCGAGAAGAGCAAUCGGGAAGCAUACCUUGGAUGCCAUACACGGUUGUGAAUCAUAAAGUGAUUGGGUCGGCAACAAAAGGGGUUAGUUUGAAAAUGCUCAAGACGAACAUUUGCUUAGCAUACACGGGCCCCAAGACUUUUUAUCCGGCAGAAUGUGUGAAGCUUGUUGGAGAGCAGAAGAAAUUUGCCCCUGAAGAUACUGUGACGGAAAAGGGGGACAACCCCUUGGUGGCUCCUGAAGGGAAGCCACAAGGUAUCAUUGCGCUUGCAAAGGAAGCGAUAAACACCGAAAUUGAGUCAUCUGUAAUUGAAGGUGGAGAUGGUAAGGACAUGGAAAAUGUAGCAGUCCCUGCUCCUGCUUUUGUGCCUGCUACGGCUAAAAAGUCAGGCAAAGUACAGAUGGAGUUGUACUGGCGAGCAUUCUGCCCCGGUUGUACGUUUUUCAUCACAAAACAACUGCUGUCACUUAUUCGAGACAAAGAGUUCCAGGAGAUCAUCGAUUUUCAUCCAGUGCCCGCUGCUGGCAUGUCUUAUGACGCAAAGGGAAAAUUUGUAUGCGCUGCUGGUAGGGUAGAGUGCUUGGGACAUAAGUGGCUAAGCUGCGCUGUGGAGGAAUUUCAACAAAUUGGAGAGCUGGUGGAACACAUUGCUUGUAUGGAAAGUAAAGAUAAUAAGGGCAUGACGUGGAGCUCCGUUAUGAAUCGAUGCUUUGAUGGCGAAGCGCUUACGAAGAUGAAAACGUGUUAUGGUUCAAAGAGUGUUGAACUUCUCCAAAAGAACGUAGCGAAGAUGCAAGCACUACGUAUUUCCUGGCUGCCAUACGUUCUUAUUAAUGGGGUGCCGCUAGGUACAGCUAAACGCGGAAUUAGCCUGAAGCAGCUCAUGGAUGCCGUUUGCAAAGCCUAUUCGGGACCACAGAAUUUGUGGCCGGCGUCGUGCCAACCCAAACGGCUUCGUGAAGAGGCAACGGAACCAGAGCCCCCAGCCGAAAAAGAGGACGCGGUGAAGCCAUGUACUCCCAAGGAGAAAGACGCAGACACCACUGGUGCGCAGCACGUAGAUAUACCUGGUAUUGGCAAAGCACUACCAAGUGAACCGGUGGCCAAAACUAUCACGAAGUUUGAGGCUAAGGUUGUCGGAGGCAAAGAGGCCGAUGACGAGGAAGUUUCGGCCACCUUUAUUGCGAUCAUUUUGCCAGGCGUGUGCUUCGUUGGACUUCUUGUUGUCGCGCUACGAUUAACACGUGACCACAAGAAGGACGCCUGA